UUGCAGAAGCUAUGCACAAAGAUCAACUCCUUGUUCUUCUUCUUCUUCUUCUACUUCAACCUUGGUCUUUUAGUAUCGCCGUCGAAAACAGUCAGUGCACCACCUCUUGCGGCGAGGUCGUGAACAUAAGCUCCCCGUUUCGGCUGAGGGGCGAUCCGAAGAUUUGUGGCGACCCUAUGUAUGAGCUAGCUUGCGUAAACAACUGCACCACUAUUGAUUUGAACUCGGGCAAGUACUAUGUACGAUACAUCGACUAUACCAACUACACGAUUAGGGUUGCUGAUGUCGGGUUGCGAAAGGGCAAUUGCUCAUCUCUUCCUCUUCACUCUUCGUCAUGCUUCUACUCUAAUGACCAAGACAAUUUCCAUCCAUUUAGCUGCCAGAUCUAUGGUUCGACCAUUUCGAUCAUGAACUGCACGAAGGCCGUCGAUUCUCAAUUAUACAUUAACGCUUCAUCGUGCUUCGAUGGGGUCGCAUUUUCGAAUUUUUCAAGUACUAGAAGGCGAUUAUAUGCCAUGGUCGAUGUGAAUGUCUCAAGUGUGGAAACUACAUGCACUAUACAGCUUACGGCGAUAAUACCAAGAUUGGUUGGUGGCAAUCAUCUUCGUACCUAUGCGCAAAUUCAUAAACAUAUGGUUUAUGGGUUUGAGCUUUCUUGGCUUGAAAAAGCCUGUAAGAUGCAGUUCAAAGAUUGUCAUCUGUGCGACAUCAAUGCUAAGCAGCAUAUUUAUUGCGUAGUCAAGAGUGAUGACAUCGUCACUUACCUCUCCUAUAUUGUCCAGUCCAUUGAAAUGAUCCCGAGCUAUGGCAUCGGUCUCAUUUGUGACAAAUUAAAUCUCUCUUGCCGAAUACGGAUCAACGUUUACCUCCUCCAUGCGAUGCUCUUCCUCUUGGGCAUCGUGUUUCCGUGCAUGGUUGUGAAAUUCAUCUUGGGAGCCCCUUGCGUUAUGAUAUUGCUAAUACGCAAAUGGAGAAGAAGACACUUAGCAAUGGAUCAGAACGUUGAAGAAUUUUUGCAAUCUAAUAAUAACUUCUUGCCGAUAAGGUACUCUUACUCGGACAUCAAGAAAAUCACCAGGGGUCUUAAGGACAAACUAGGCGAGGGAGGGUAUGGUUCCGUGUUCAAAGGAAGACUUCGGAGUGGCCGCGAGGUGGCGGUGAAAAUUUUGAAGAAGGGGAAAGCGAACGGGCAGGACUUCAUUAGCGAAGUGGCUACCAUCGGAAGAAUUCACCAUGUUAAUGUGGUUGGACUCAUAGGUUUUUGCUUCGAGGGCUCAAAACAAGCUCUUGUCUACAAUUUCAUGCAAAAUGGUUCUUUGGAUAAGCACAUUUUUUCACGAGGACAAGGGACUUCUCUUGAUUGCAAGGAAGUGUACGAGAUUGCUCUCGGAGUAGCUAGAGGGAUAGAGUAUCUACAUCGAGGAUGCGACGUGCAAAUUCUACACUUUGAUAUUAAGCCUCACAACAUUCUUCUCGACAUGGAUUUCACUCCAAAAGUUUCUGACUUUGGGCUCGCAAGAUUGUAUCCCACAAACCAGAAUUCCGUGUCUAUAACUGCUGCGAGAGGAACCUUGGGAUACAUGGCUCCGGAGCUAGUCUACAAGAACCUUGGGGGCAUCUCUUACAAAGCCGAUGUCUAUAGUUUCGGCAAAUUGUUGAUAGAAAUGGCCAGUGGGAGGAAGAAUUGGGAUGAGGUUGUAGAAUGUUCGAGUCAGAAGUACUUUCCUUUAUGGGUUCAUGACCAAGUUAGUGAAGGAUUGGACGUCCCUGUGAAAGAAGCAAGCGAGGAGGAUAGGAGAAUAAUAAAGAAGAUGAUAAUCGUUGCUCUUUGGUGCAUACAAUUGAAUCCUAGCGAACGCCCUUCGAUGCACAAAGUCUUGGAAAUGCUGGAACGAGAAGUGGAUGACCUACAAAUACCUCCCAAGCCACUCUUUUAUCCAGCUGAAGUGUCAACAACGGAUGAUGGAACUUGGAUUGACAAUGGCUAUGAUACUAUAUCCACUUCAUCAACUAGUGCAAUAACUUAUGUAGAUUCUCAGGAGCAUAUUAGUACUAGCAUUACACAAGCAUAGACACGUAUCAAUACCAUUUAAUCCCGUGACACGUGGCAAAUAGAAAUGGGUAGUAUUGAUACUGCUUUACGUGUGGCUCCCCUUUUCUGGCUAUUAUCAGAUUAUAUAUGCUUAUGAUUGUGUUUAUGAAUCUUAACUAGAACUGUAUUUAUCUUUAGUAUUAUCAUAUUAAAGAUGUCAUUUAUUAUAA